AUGCUAUUCAUGUACUUCGAAUUCAUCGACUCGGGCACUGACGUCUGGAGAGUCCAUCUGGGGGGCGCAAAGCGUCUUAUUACCUGUCUACGCCAUGGAGAACUCUCUGCGAUAUCUCCCACGAUUCUCUUUCGGUGUCGAUGGCUCAUCUCCGAACUUUUAGUUUUCGACAUCAUCAGCUCCACCAUCUCCAAGACCGUCUCCCUCGAACCGUCCAUCUACGCUUUCACAUCGACCGCAUUCUUCUGA